AAACCUCUUGGGAGGAUUAACACUUAAGUUUUGGAGAACAAACCAAUUGCUAUGUUUAGUACCUGCUACAUCUAAUGAAUUUAAAAACAAGUAUGGAGUUGAUCCGUAUUUGAAAACAACAGAUUGUAAUGAAGGAACAGAAAAACGAUUUCAUUUUGGGUCAGUGGCAUGUACUGGACAAAAGAUAGCGAACGCUAGUUGUUCUAGUAAUCAAUAUAUGGUAAUAAAAGUGGCUGAAUAUCGUGGAUUGAGUAACGGAAGCUCUUGUGGCUCAAGUUAUGAUUACAGUUGUAGUGUUAAUGUCACAUGCGACCUUAAAAAUUAUUGUGAUGGUGAAACAGAAUGUACGAUAACUGUUGAUGAUAAUCAUUUUCCUUCUAAUAUUUGUCCUGGUUUGGAGAAAUAUCUUUACUUUGAAUAUCAAUGUAACGACACAAGUAUGCCAUACAGAAAAAUUGGUCAUCUACCUGAUGGUCCUCCUUUGAAUGUCACAAUCUACGCAAUCGGCAAUACAUCAUUGUUUGUCACGUGGAAGCCACCUGAUGUAACCAAAAGGAACGGAAAGAUAGUCAGUUACACUGUUUGUAUUAAACAAUGUGGGGGUGACACGUGUUCAAAAAACCAUACUACUGAGGAACAGCAUUUGAAAAUAAAUCAUUUAAAACCAGCGACAAAAUAUUGUGUACGCGUUUUAGCGUCUACGAAAGUGGGUCCUGGAAUUUACAGCAAAUUGAAGUGGACGUUCUCAAACGGACUUGCACCGGAACAGCCCAGAAUUCAGACAGCGUAUUCACUGACUUAUUUGUUGCGAAUCCCCUCGAUGAAAUAUCAAUAUUUUUAUGUGGUAGCAAUGGAGCAUGACAAAAAAGAAAUCGGUUUGCCUUCAAAUUCAAAAAUGAUGACUUAG